CAGCAGCUCGCCUGCCAAAGCCGGCUGGGAACGCCUGGGCGCUUUUAGGACGGGGCGGGCCCGGGGGUGGUGGCCCCAGGAGCGGUUGCCGCGGGGACCGGGCAGUGACGCGGCCCAAGGGCGGAAGUGAGAAAGUUGUCUGCGUCUCGAGGCGAGUUGGCGGAGCUGUGCGCGCGGCGGGGAGAUGGGGGGCUCGGGCAGUCGCCUGUCCAAGGAGCUGCUGGCCGAGUACCAGGACUUGACGUUCCUGACGAAGCAGGAGAUCCUCCUAGCCCACAGGAGGUUUUGUGAGCUCCUUCCCCAGGAGCAGCGGAGCGUGGAGGAGUCACUUCUGGCACAAGUGCCCUUCGAGCAGAUUCUCAGCCUUCCAGAGCUCAAGGCCAACCCCUUCAAGGAGCGAAUCUGCAGGGUCUUCUCCACCUCCCCAACCAGAGACAGCCUCAGCUUUGAGGACUUCCUGGAUCUCCUCAGUGUGUUCAGUGACACAGCCACGCCGGACAUCAAGUCCCAUUAUGCCUUCCGCAUCUUCGACUUUGAUGAUGAUGGAACCUUGAACAGAGAAGACCUGAGCCGGCUGGUGAACUGCCUCACGGGAGAGGGCGAGGACACACGGCUUAGUGCAUCUGAGAUGAAGCAGCUCAUUGACAACAUCCUGGAGGAGUCUGACAUUGACAGGGAUGGAACCAUCAACCUCUCUGAGUUCCAGCACGUCAUCUCCCGUUCUCCAGACUUUGCCAGGUAUGACAGUGGUGCCCCUGCAUUCUGGGUACCUGCAGGUCCCGAUCUGCUGCCUCUGGGCCUAGGACAUUGCUACAGGAGGUGGUGCCAGGGUGAGAGAAAGCCGCAGUCCACACACACAGGGCCGGCUAAGCUGGCAGUCUCUCCCCGGGCAGGGGCAGCCCUCCUUGUCAAGGCCUCUCCCCUUCCCACUGCCAUUGUCAUUGCUCCGUGUUUGUACUAAUUAGUAAUAAAGGUUUAGAAGCUCUGACCCUGUGUGUGGGUCCAGAAAGCUCCCUCUGGA